UCCUCGGCAUUUAUAUAGGCUUCUUUAGGGAGCGGAGAGGCACCUUUCCUUGUCAGACGUAUUGAGGUUGCAAAGGAGAUGUCUAAGCACCAGACCAAAGUGUUGGAUGAAGAAAAGGUAGUCCAGAAGACCCCGAAUAAAGGGCAGUGUGGCUCAUGCCAUGGACCCGGUUACGCUUCGCCGUUGGACGCCAUGAGAGGACCCAGAGAAAAACUGAUAUACGUACCGUGCAUUUUAACCGGAACCGAGUCCCGGCAACCUGACUAUUUAGCCACGGUGGACGUGGAUCCGGAAUCACCAUGUUAUUGCAAGGUUAUCCACCGUCUGCAAAUGCCUUACUUGGAUGACGAACUCCACCACUCGGGUUGGAACGCCUGCAGCAGCUGCUUCGGGGACACCAGCAAGGAACGCAACCGCCUCAUCCUGCCAUGCCUGGGCUCUGGUCGCGUUUAUGUGGUGGACACGGGCACUGACCAGUAUGCUCCCAGCUUGUGCAAAAUCAUUGAGCCCCGAGAAAUCAUCCAGAAAACCAACUUGAGUUUCUUGCACACCUCACAUUGCUUGGGCAGCGGAGAGGUCAUGAUCAGCGGCAUUGGAGACGCGUUUGGCAACGGAAUAGGUGGACUUCUCCUUCUGGACGCGGAAACCUGGGAAGUGAAAGGGACCUGGGACUGCCCGGAAGAUGGACCCGUCCAAAUGUAUGACUUCUGGUACCAGCCACGGCACAACGUCCUGAUCACCACCGAAUGGGGGGAGCCCAAGUUCUUUAUCAACGGGUUCAAAACAGAAGAUUUGAGAAAAGACCGCUACGGCCGCUACCUCAACAUCUGGGACUGGACCACCCACCGCCUCCUGAAGUCGAUUGACGUGGGUGAAGAUUCGGCCCCACUGGAGAUCCGCUUCUUGCACAACCCUGACUCGACCCACGGUUUCGUGGGCUGCACCCUGGAGAGCUCCAUCCACCAUUUCUUCAAGACAGAGGACGGAUGCUGGACGGCUGAGAAAGUGAUCCAAGUCCCGAACAAGAAAGUAUCGGGAUGGACCUUUCCCGAAAUGCCAGGAUUCAUUGUCGAUAUCGUCAUCUCCCUGAAUGACCGGUUCCUCUACUUAAGCAACUGGGUGCAUGGCGAUGUCCGGCAAUACGAUAUCACCAACCCGCACUGUCCCAAACUGGUUGGGCAGGUCUUUGUGGGGGGAAGCAUUGCAAAAGGGGGUCCUGUAACCGUCCUUGAGGAUCCGGAGCUGGACUCCCAACCCGAUCCCUUUGUGAUCCAGGGCAAGAAGGUCCAAGGAGGGCCUCAAAUGCUGCAGCUGAGCUUGGACGGCCGCCGUCUCUUCGUCACCACCUCUCUUUACACGCCUUGGGACAAGCAGUUUUAUCCUGAGAUGGUCAAGGGAGGUUCGGUCAUGAUCCAGCUGGAUGUGGACACCGAGCAUGGCGGCCUUUGCGUGAACCGAGAAUUCCUGGUGGAUUUCGGGCAAGAACCAUUCGGUCCGGCUCGGGCGCAUGAGAUGCGCUAUCCCGGUGGGGACUGCACCUCCGACAUCUGGGUGUAGCAUGCAUCUUUUCCAAGUUGCC